GCCAAGGAGCUGGCGAGCAGGGGGAUGGCUGCGAGCAGGGGGGUGUGAGGAGGCAGCUGGGGACGCGUUGCCCCCACGGUGAAAAAAAGGGGAAAGGAUUUGACUUCUGAGCCUGUCCCAAGGCAGCUGGAGCCACCCAAGCAAAUCGUCACCUCCGUCCCCAAGCCGGGAGCCUGGACGAAGCCCCUCCGCCUUCCCUUGCAGCCCCCGCGGCCAUGGUGGGCCUGAAGCCCCCCGAGGUGCCCCCGCCGGCAGCCGUCAAGUUCCUCAGCGCCGGGACGGCCGCCUGCAUCGCCGACGUCUGCACCUUCCCCCUGGACACCGCCAAAGUGAGGCUGCAGAUCCAGGGCGAGGUGCGGAUCCCCCGGAGCCCCAGCACGGUGGAGUACCGGGGCGUUUUGGGCACGCUGAGCACCAUGGUGCGCACCGAGGGGCCCCGCAGCCUCUACAGCGGGCUGGUGGCGGGGCUGCAGCGCCAGAUGAGCUUCGCCUCCAUCCGCAUCGGGCUCUACGACUCGGUCAAGCAGCUCUACACCCCAAAAGGGGCCGAAAGCACGGGGCUGGGGGCGAGGCUGCUGGCGGGCUGCACCACGGGCGCGGUGGCGGUGACGUGCGCCCAACCCACCGACGUGGUCAAGGUGCGAUUCCAGGCUCACGGGGCAAUCCCGGACAGCGCCCGGCGCUACAGCGGCACCGUGGACGCCUACAGAACCAUCGCCAGGGAGGAGGGAGUCCGAGGGCUUUGGAGAGGGACGCUGCCCAACAUCGCCCGCAACGCCAUCGUCAACUGCGGGGAGCUCGUCACCUACGACCUGAUCAAGGACGCGCUGCUGCGGGCGCAGCUGCUGACAGACAACGUCCCCUGUCACUUCGUGGCCGCUUUCGGGGCCGGGUUCUGCGCCACGGUGGUGGCGUCGCCGGUGGACGUGGUGAAGACGCGCUACAUGAACGCCGGCCCCGGGCAGUACCGCAACGUCCCCAGCUGCCUCCUGGCCCUACUGAUGCAAGACGGCCUCGCCGGCCUCUACAAGGGGUUUGUCCCCUCCUUCCUGCGGCUCGGCUCCUGGAACGUGGUGAUGUUCAUCUCCUACGAGCAGCUGCAACGCGCCGCGGUGCUGGCCUGGCCGGCUCCUUCCUGAAUCCCUCCAGCUCCUCUCGCCAGCGUGGGCGAGGUGCAGGAGUGAAUUCCCCUAAAUGCUGCGGCAGAGGGGGGGCAGCGAGGCCGAACCCCUCCCCGGCACGAUGGGGACGAUGCCGAGGACCAAAAGGGGCCCCGAGAGGGACCAGCGAGGCGGGCGGAGGCGCUGCAGGCGGCCGCUUGUAGGGACGUGGGAGAAAAGGUGUCCAGAGAGGAGUUUAGAGGGGAAUUAAAAAUGUUUGUAGGGUUUCCAGCCCAGAGAGCAUCGCUCCUGGGGGCAGCGGGGACGAGAUGAGUGGGAUGGAGAGGUGUGGGCAGGUGGGAUGGCGUUGGGGGAUGUGGGAACGCGGUGAUUCCUGGGAUUUCCUCACUGAUUCUCCAAAUAAAUCACCCCUAUGGGGUCAGAGCGCA